AUUCAACAGUCGACUGGAGGCUUUCAAACACCGCAAACGCCAAUGAACAUAAUUUGUCCUACGAAAACCGCAUAAAAAUGAUGUAGCAAGCUAACUUUAGCCAACUGCCUCGCGCGCUACUCAAACAUGGACUGUGACGGGUGUGAAGUGUCUUGUCCCCUGCCUAGUUUGGAUUCGGAUGCUAAAGAGCCAGGGCUUCACUCCUUCAGUCACAUACACAUGAGAAAGGCCUUUCGGCUUAUGAAUGAUUUGAGAAGCCGGAGGAUGCUUUGUGAUGUUCUGCUGGUGGCAGGUGAAGUUGAAAUACCGGCGCACAGAGUCGUUUUAGCAUCCUGCAGUCCUUACUUCUGCGCUAUGUUCACAGGUGACAUGAGUGAAAGCAAGGCUCAUCAUGUCGAGAUCAGGGAUGUUGAUGGACAGACGUUCCUGAAGCUUGUGGAUUAUAUAUACACUGCGGAAAUCGAAGUGUCUGAAGAUAACGUUCAGGUUCUGCUCCCCGCUGCCAGUCUGCUGCAAUUGAUGGAUGUUCGGCAGGUUUGCUGUGACUUCCUGCAGGCUCAACUCCAUCCCACCAACUGCCUGGGCAUCCGAGCAUUCGCCGAUCUUCACGCCUGCACAGGACUGCUCAGCAUGGCUCAUGCUUACGCUGAGCAGCACUUUACAGACGUCAUGCUCGGUGAGGAGUUCAUGGCUCUUUCCUUGCAGCAGGUGUGCUGUCUCAUCUCCAGUGACAAACUGACUGUGUCUUCUGAGGAGAAGGUUUUUGAGGCUAUGAUUGCGUGGAUAAAGCACGAUAAAGAGGCCCGUUUGGAGCACAUGCCAAAACUAAUGGAACGUGUUCGACUGCCACUGCUAUCCAGAGAUUACCUUGUUCAGAUCGUGGAAGAGGAACCCUUAAUUAAAAACAACAACACAUGUAAGGACUUUCUCAUCGAAGCAAUGAAGUACCACCUUUUACCUGCAGAUCAGAGGCACCUUAUAAAGACCGACAGAACCCGACCACGCACGCCAGUCAGUUUGCCGAAGGUGAUGAUGGUGGUGGGUGGUCAGGCUCCUAAAGCCAUCCGCAGUGUGGAGUGCUAUGACUUCCAGGAGGACCGCUGGUACCAGGUGGCAGACUUACCCUCCAGACGCUGUCGAGCAGGUGUGGUAUAUAUGGCCGGUAAGGUGUAUGCAGUGGGAGGGUUUAACGGCUCUUUGCGUGUCCGGACGGUGGACGUGUACGAUGGCCUGAAGGAUCAGUGGAGCUCUCUACCCAGCAUGCAGGAGCGCCGCAGCACUUUGGGUGCAGCUGCUCUGGGGGAUCUACUGUAUGCCGUCGGGGGCUUUGAUGGAAGUACAGGCCUGGCAUCGGUGGAGGCUUAUAGCCCCAAAACGAAUGAGUGGAUGUUCGUGGCUUCCAUGAACACAAGGCGCAGCAGUGUAGGGGUGGGCGUAGUCGAUGGGAAGCUGUAUGCAGUCGGAGGUUAUGAUGGAGCGUCCCGUCAGUGUCUGAGUACUGUGGAGGAGUAUAACCCGGUCACUAAUAAGUGGAGCUAUGUGGCGGACAUGAGCACCAGACGCAGCGGUGCAGGGGUUGGAGUGCUCAGUGGUCAGCUGUACGCUGCAGGUGGGCAUGACGGUCCCCUGGUGAGGAAGAGCGUGGAGGUCUAUGACCCAUCUACUAACACCUGGAGGCAGGUGUGUGACAUGAACAUGUGCCGAAGAAACGCAGGCGUGUGUGCUAUUAACGGGUUACUGUAUGUUAUCGGAGGAGAUGAUGGGUCGUGUAACCUGUCCUCUGUUGAGUACUAUGACCCUGCUGCUGAUAAAUGGAGCCUCAUCCCAACCAACAUGAGCAAUGGCCGAAGCUACGCAGGGGUCUCAGUUAUAGACAAGCAAUUAUGACUAAAAGUCCUGGGCAGCGAGUCUCAGUACACCUGUCCAGGGAUCAGCUGUGAUAGACAAACUGUGAUCUGAAGCAGAAGACUGACGCUGAAACUUCUCAGAAGAACCUCGCCGUCUGCUGGAUCCUCGUGAACUCGCGCGCACAGAGCCCUGAAUGUGCCAUUUAGCUCUGUUAUUUUUAACGGAGGCCACAAGACUCCUGCAUACAAUGAGUGUUGAACUAGCCCUCAUUUAAAGUGACCAGGUUGGACUAAAUGACGGGACAGAACGUGAGUGCCGUGAGACACUAAAUGGGGGGCAGGUACAGAUUGUGCCAACGGAGAUCUGCCUGCCUGUUUUACUACUGAAUUACCUACGCAAAAACACUCGCAUAGCAGAUUUAAUAUGAUGUCCCAGCAUUUUUACAGAUUAACGCUAAUCACACACUUGGAUUCUGGAUCAGGGUCUUUUGCUCUGACCGUAUAUCACAGACGUGUGUUUUAUUUUGUUACAGGGUGACUUGUUUUAUGUUCAUAUGAGAAGUAUUAUAGGAACAAACAUGAACACUAGUUUGAAAUUAAUUUUAUUUAGCUGCUUUUGUGCCAUAUUGUAUGUAAUGUUGAAAUUCCAUAUAAAUCUCGCAGGGUAAUUGCCAAAUGUAACACAUAAUUAUAUAAAUAAUACUAUGUUAUAUGUAUAUAUGCACUUUUAUGUCGCAUUUUAGGUGUGUAGUCGUCCAUGUUGGACACGCAGACCGUAAACAUCUUUCUUUUAAGAACUUUUUCCAUUACAACUCUGUCUAUUUUCCCUGAAAUUGCACUGGCUUGGGAAUCUGCCAAGCGUAACAGAAUCUUUAGUAACUUUUUGCACUGAUCAUCUUUCUACAGCAGAGCUGGUACUAUUUCAAUUGCAGUUAAGCAAGCAACCAGGCACAGGUUCAUAUUUUUAAAGCACAAUUAAUUUAAAGCACAUUCUGUAUCAUUAAUAUAGGCUGAGUAUUUGAAUCUAUGAACAGAACUGGAAAUUAAAGACUUUAAACAAUGCUAA